AUGAAAUUAAGAAAAUUAGGAUUAUCAAUACUAUUAUGUAGUGCUGGGUCAUACAGUCUUUAUUGUAAUGAGAAGACUAAAGCAUAUAUUUGGGGAAACGGAGUAUAUUAGGCACUUCCUGGACAAGGCUUAAGCUUUAAUAAUUUCACUCCAAAACAAUUGAUAGAUUUUGAAGAUAAGAAUUUAUAGAAGUUAUUUCUUUCUGAAUAAUUUGAAGGUGGUAUAACAGGAAACGGAGAUGGAUAUAUAUGGAGUGCUCACAAGUUAAGUAGUUCAGAAGAUAAAAAUAUAAUAGAUGGAAAAAGACAAAAUAUUAUUAAAAUAAAUGUACCUAAGGGUAAGAUUUAAUAAAUCAAAUAUACCAAAUAAUUUGUAUGGAUAUUCACCAAUAAUGGAGAGGUCUUUUAAUAUUAAGUAAAGGAUGGGUAAUUUGUCAAUACUCCAAAAAAAAUCAAUAGUUUAUUAAACAUCAAACAAAUAGAAUGCGGAGAAGAUCAUUUUGUGGCACUGACUAAUGAUGGUUCCAUUUUAACUAUGGGUGAUGAUACUUAUGGUUAAUGUGGAUUAGGAUCCAAUAAUAGAAGCACAGCUCCACCAUUUUAUGAAUCAAGAAUUAGGAAUCCAACAAAAAUAGAAAAUUUACCAAAAAUAAAUAAAAUUAUAUGUGGAUCCAAUCACACACUAUGUAUAAGUACAGAAGGAUCAGUUUAUGGAUGGGGAUCUAAUUCAUAAAUGCAAUUAUCUCAUUCAGAAGAAUUCUCAAGAGUUGGAGAACCUUUGAUUGCUGUUUAUAAUCCACUAAGAAUUUCUGCCUUAAUGGACAGCAAUAAUUAGGUUUUAGAUUUGGCUGCUGGAAAUGAAUUUAGUGUAUUUGUUACAAAGAACAAAUAAAACUCAGAAACUGAAGUAUUUGCUUGUGGUCAUAAUAUCAGAGGACAAUUAGGUUGUGGGUUUGUUCGACAUAUAAGUGAUAUCGUUAAACUUGAAGGACUAUCGAAUUUUAAGAUUAAUAUCAAUGGUAAAUAGGAAAAUGUAGAAGUCAAAUAAAUCGAAUGUGGAUAUAAUCAUUGUCUGGCAUUAACAAAUGUAGGUGCUAUUUUAGAGUGGGGUGAUAAUGAAUAUGGAUAAUUAGGAAAUAAAAAAAGGUAUGAAAUCUUCAUUUAUUGUAGAUCAUUCACAGACAAACCUAUAGUAGUCUCAUAAUUUGUGUAAAAUAGAGUAGCUUCCAUAUCUUGUGGCAGUAAUAGUAGUGGAGUAAUUGUUUAGUAAUGAUAGGA